AUGACGAGCCCCUCAUCAGAUGAAUGCCUACAGCAGCUUCUGAGGCCCAGCUCAAUAGAAGAGGUCGAGCAACUCGCCGACUCAAGUUUACCUCUAACAGAAGCCUUGAAGAAACACAGACAUGUCAUAUUGAGGAAGCACAUCAGCCCAGAGGCGUGGAGCGACGCCAUAGCAUGUGUCGAUCGCCGUAUUCACUCGAGUAAGAAAGCAAGAGCAGCUUUUGACGCAGAUUACGAGAGCUGCAACGUGGCAAGUAUCGAAAACCAAGAACAUUGGGACCUAAGAGACCUCUGGGACCUUGUCAAGAUCAUCGACAAGCUAAUACUUCACAUAGGAGAUGUUGGAUCCGUCGACACACCUGGCAUUGAGUACGUCAGCCUCCGUGCUUGGGAAGCGGCCUGGGAGCUCCGCUGCAACCCCGUGGAUGCCAACAGAAGACAUCCUCUAGGCGACUUGAGAUGGCUGGAAGAAGACGGCGGCACAGAAAAUCCAACCAACUUCCAAAUCGCCUUUUCCCGACACACAAAGCUCACCCAUAAAAACCUCUCGCACGAAGGCAUCGCCAUGGACGAAAUCACACGCGCGAAACUCCAGCGCGCCUUCUUCCGUCUCGAGUUCAUCCGCCGCGCGUACUACUCCCGACCCCUCUUCCCCAAAGGUGCCAAGUGGCAGAACCGAGAUUCAACGUUCGUCAAUGGUGAGCCCCAGAGCCUGGCGGGAGAGACCCCGGAAACCCGUCUCGCGCGGGCGGAGCAGAUUUUCAAGGGCUGGACGAAGGACGACUUUGUGGAAAUCAUAUGUGCUUUCAAGGCUACUCUCAACUUCUACGCCGUACCCGUGGGCGACAUGAUACAGGACUUCGUAGACGGGGCCUACGCCGCCCUAGACAACUGGGAUCUGUGUCACGCCCUAGACUUUAAUGCAGGAGAAGUCCACGAGAUCCGAGCAAACGCGGAUGCCGUCAGCUUGCAGUGGGAACUUGACCCGCUUAAGAAAGAACCCGACUUUCCCCUGUGGGGGAUCAAGCCCGACAGAGAGUUCCUCGAGUUGGAGGGCCAGUUGCGGGACAACUUGCUACAGCUGGAGCUGUACAAACUGCGGAGAUUCGUCCAGUUCUCCCACGGUGAGUUCGACGACCUGGGCUGCACCAUCUUCAAAGCAGAAGAGGUCCGGCGCGCCAACUACCCAAAGAAGAUGAGCAAACACCAGAAACCGCUUCUUCAUGAAACACACCCGGAGCGGGAGAUGUCCAAGUUCUUCCACGCGCUGUGCAGCCUGCCGCUGAAAUUCCUCGAUAGGUUCAUCGACAUGUCGACCAAGCGGAAACGCCGCUUUCUCAAGACGACGUACUUCGCCGUCUCCCGAAUCAAGGCGUCCCACGCACCAAUGUUCUUGUCGGGGGAGGUCCGCGCCUGGUCCAGCAAGCCCGCCGACGAGCGCGGGCCGCGGCACUGGGAACAUCAGACUGAGCGCCGUGUGUUUCCGGAGCUCGCGGUGCGAUACGUAGCUCUGGGUUGCCUGUCCAAGCUGUAUACAAUUGACCACGAUUCUUACUUCGGGUGGAGGCUCCGGAUGAACAGACUGAACCGGUAUGUCUGGCGGUGGGAUGAGCAGGUCCUCACGCCGCUUGCGUGGUCGGAGCUCCGUUCCAAGAUUGCGUACAAACCGUUCAACAUCAACACCGUCUUUCGGAUGAGCGAACGAAGCUGGCAGGGCCUUUGGCGGUCGGAUCGGCGGUGCGAGCGGCUGACCUGGGUCGGACGCAGCAUGAACAGGUUCUGUUGGGAGGGAUACGGACAUCCCGGCCGGUUGGAUCCGAACGAGUGCUAUUGCCAUGUCGGCGAGGGCUGCGGCCUCUGUACGCAUUUACCUCCGAGCAAGAUUCCUGAAUGGGAGCUUUUCACUGAAGACGAUUGGAAAGAGGAAUUCGAGACUGAGAAGCAGCUGCUGGGUCUGGCGGACCCGUGGGCUUCCGAGCCGAACGAACUGGAUAACUAUUCGUUCGAGUCGAAUUUAUCAUAA